GAUAAUCCCACCGUUACAACCUAUCGUAGAUGAAAAUGAUGACGGUAAUAUGAAAUAUACGAUCAAAAUAUAUUAAUAUUACACCCAAUUUUAAGUAUAAUUCAACGAAUUGCACAUAUUAAAAUUGUUAAUUAUGUAGAAAAUAUUGUACAUAAUUACAAUGAUAUGGAUUUUAUAAUGCACUUCCGCUUAUCACGACAAAUAACAUACAGUUUAAUAGACCAAUUCAGAGUUUCGGAAAUAUUUACUUCCAUGGAAAAUCUUGUAGGCUCUAAAAUUACAGCCGAAAAACAUAUAUUGACUUAUUUAUGGUUUAUAGGGCAUGAAAGUGCAUCAUACAGAGAUGUUGCCGACAGAUAACACUGGGAUAACACUUAAUACCUUAUAUAAUAUUAUUACUAGAGUUACAGAUUUUAUAAUCUCUAUUAUGCCUAAUAUUAUAAAAUAUCCAACUGCAGUUGAAAAAAUGGAAAAAAUGGAAACUGCAGCUUUUUACGAAAGAGAAAAAGGAUUCCCUGGUGUAAUAGGUGCUAUUGAUGGUUCUCAUAUCCGAAUUGAUCGACCAUUACAAGAUUCUGAUUCAUAUGUUAACCGAAAACAUUAUUUUUCAUUACAUGUUCAGGGAGUUGUAAAUCAUAAAAUGAAAUUCAUGGAUGUUUUCAUAGGAUAUCCGGGCUCAAUGCAUGACGCACGGGUAUUUCGAAAUUCACCAAUUCGCAACGAUUUGUCGAACUUUGUGAAGAUAAUUAUUUUUUAUUGGGUGAUAGUGCAUAUCCCUGUUUGAAACAACUAAUUGUACCAUACAGGGAUAAUGGACAUAUGACACAUGCACAAAGAACUCUCAAUCGCAAAUUAAGUUCUUCACGAGUGAUUAUUGAAAACGCA